AUGCUAUCCUAGAUGUCAACUUCCCAGCUCUGUCACAUGAUUUACACAAGUCUUGUAACCGGCUUUCCAGUAAACAACGAAGCGUAUCCAUGGUUUUUCCAAAAGUUGCGAAUUUAGUCAUUUAUAACAGGACUCAAAUCUGAGUACAUUCACAGACGUAUGGAUCUCAAUGACACAGUACCUACAACAAAAAAAAAUAACUUUACAAAAGUGUACACCUACUUCAAUCAAGGUAAAUCAAUUCCUGGGACUAGUAGAGAUUCAUCCACGGAAGCAUCCUCAGAACCACCGAGUAAAAGGAAAAAAAUCUCUGAUGCUCAACAUCUCCAACUUGCAAUCAAAAUGGAUGAUAAUUUGGAUUCAGAUUCAGAAGAUGGUUUUGGCAGUGACAAUGACUAUAAGCUUCAACCGGUGCAAUCUAUAAAAGAAGAACAGCCUGGCAUGACAUGUCCUACUCUUUUUACGUUUUUGUCUUUAUCCGAACUACCGACCCAGAAUUCUCCAAAAUCUUCCGAGUCUGCCGACAGUGAACCCGGUACCGAUCCCCUAACUACCACUCCUUUCGAGUGUAAAUAUAUUCCUUCGUUAAACAUUUUCGAUAUAAAUUCCGCCGGUAACGAAGAAUUAAAAAUAAAACCUGAGUCCAGUUCCCCUAUUCAUUAUUUUUCAUUGUUAUUUACCCGGCAAUUUUUCCAACAAAUAGUAGACGAAACCAACAAAUUUGCGCGGCUUCCUAGUUCCCAAAUUUCACACUGGAAAGAUCUGACUACGGACGAAAUCAAGGUGUUCUUAGGUUUAUUUUUCCACACUGGUGUUAUCAAGAUAAUGCGGUUACGAUAUUAUUGGGACAAAAGUGAACUAUUUAAUUUCCCAUUUUUCUCAAAUAGAAUGUCUAGAGACAGAUUUCUUUCCAUUCUACAAUCUCUUCGCUUCACUGAAGAUCCUGUGGAAGCAGAAGCAGCACCUAAAGAUCCUUUAUAUCAAAUCCGGUCUAUAAUCCAACAUUUUCACAAUAGAAUGACAGAAGUCUAUGAAUCGAGAAAGAAGAUUAACACAGAUGAUUCAAUGAUGACAUGGAAGGGACGUGUUUUUUAUAGAUCCUAUGUUCCAAACAAGAUUUACAAAUAUGGUAUUAAAUUGUAUAUAUUGGCAGAGAAUGAUGGACUCAUCCAUCGUUUAUUGAUUCAUCCUGGUACAGAGGAUAGUGACUUGGAAAGCCAGGGUGAUGCUGGUAGAGUUGCCCAGGCAAUGUUGGAAAGCAUGGAAAAUGCACAACCUUCUCCAUUUAUGGACAAUCUUUAUAAUGGAGUAGCUUUUAGUCCUGAGAUGCUUCAAGAGCUUGCUGGAAAAGGUAAUUCCAGCCAUGUAAAUAUUUCAAAAACUGCCACAAAAAGAGGAGGAGAACAAGGAAGACCCAAAGGUGUGCUUCAAUUUAAUAAACGUAUAGGAGCCAUUGAUCAACUGUUAUCGUAUUAUCUUAACACACGGAAAUCAUUGAAGUGGUAUACAAAAUUGUGUUUCGAUAUUUUAGAAUUAAUGUUGCUUAACUCUUAUUUAUUAUACAAGAGAUAUUCAGAGCAAAAAGAUCGUUGUUUGUUUAACUUUCGCCUGGAUAUCGUAAAGAAUUUAUCAGGUCCAGGAAUGCCGAAAGUUUGUCCUGUUCGUACUCCUUCUACUUUGUCUUUCAUUAAUUCAGUUCAUUUUCCAACUACGGAUCCGGAUUGUCCUGCGAAGAAAAAAAGGCGAGCACAAAAAAGAUGUAGAUUAUGUUACGAAAAAAAAAUUAUGAAAAGUGUCAUCACGUUUUGUCCAGGCUGCGAAGGUAAUCCAGGCCUUUGCCUUAGCUGUUUCGUUGAAUAUCAUAGGAAAAAUGAUUUUAAAAUUAUUUGAUACAAAGUUACGUUUUUAUUACUAAAAAUAAAUUAUUUUUUCAGUAUAAA